AUGUUCCCUCGCGUCUUCCACAUCUUCACACUCAUUUGCAUUUCUGUUUCUCUCGUAUCCGCUUCUCCUGCGCCUAAACCUGUCGCAGAGCCCAUCGACGCUACCAUCGCAAACGUAAUUGCCACGAAUGAGAAUUUGGGGUGCACAGGACCAUCAGGCUGCGUCGCAGCACAAAAUAGCAGCGCUGCGGCCGAGAUUUUCGCAGCCUCCGGAGCGUCGCACUCCAUCAGUGCGCCAGGAGCCAGAAGUGCCCUGGUUGUAGCCGCAGCAGUCGCAGGGGGCCUCUCAGCUACAGGGCUCCUGUAA